CUCGCCAGAUACCUCAAAUGGAUUGGUUACGAAGCAAAGGUCUUCAAUAUUGGCUCGUACAGAAGAGACCGGUUGGGAUCGUUCCAAAAUCACGAUUUCUUCCGACCCGAUAAUCCCGAAGGCAUCAAAGCGAGGACAGAGAUGUGUCUG